ACCAGGCUCUGAUAAUUUCAAUUUUUUUUUCUCUUUCCAAUUUUCCGAAAACUCAACGCUAUCACUCUCUUCAUCGUUUUGCAUCAUCGCUUCGGCCACUUCUUCGUUUUCUCUCUCUCUUUUUUUUUUUUUGUUGUUAAAAUUCCUCACACAAAAUUCAAAUCCAAAACAUUACCGUGUAAUUCCCCAAUUUAUAAACCCUAAAAUCGGAAUCAGGAUUUUUCAGAAGGCAAAAUGAGAAGGAGACCUGGAAUUGGAGGAUUACAAACAGCUGCUGCUGCAAGGGAUCAAUAUAGGUUGCUUGGUGAGAAUGUAGCAAAGAUCAGAACUGAUAUGAUGAAGGAACAGCUUUCCACUUUUCGUUCUCAGCUUGAAGAUUUUGCUCGCAAGCAUAAGAAUGACAUCCGCAAGAACCCUGCAUUCAGAUCACAGUUUCAUGAGAUGUGUGCUAAGGUUGGAGUAGAUCCCUUGGCCUCAAAUAAGGGAUUUUGGGCCGAGCUGUUGGGAAUUGGUGAUUUCUAUUAUGAACUUGGAGUUCAAAUAGUGGACAUUUGCUUGGCUACUAGACCCCUCAAUGGUGGAUUAAUCAACCUGCAGGAACUGUGUAAUCUCCUUCGCCAGAGACGAAAAAGUGACAGAGGAGUGGUUUCUGAGGAUGAUUGCCUGCGCGCUAUCAGUAAACUGAAGGUUCUAGGUAGCGGGUUUGAAGUUAUUUCUGUUGGAAAGAAAAAACUUGUUCGUUCGGUUCCAACUGAGCUGAACAAAGACCAUAACGAAAUUCUAGAACUUGCCCAGGGUCAAGGGUUUGUGACUGUCGAUCAAGUAGAAAAACGGCUAUCUUGGACUUCGGGUCGUGCCAUUGAUGCACUUGAUACAUUACUUGAUGACGGGCUUGCAAUGAUUGAUGAUGGCCACAAAGAUGGAAAACGGCGAUACUGGUUUCCGUGUGUAUCACCAAUUUCGUCUUUGACAGGAACUGAUACCUUGUAAAUUUGUUAGAAAAGUAUCUGAGGUCAAAUUUUUCAAGAACAUUGUUAAACUGUUGUAAGUUUGCUAAUUGUUUAUUCCUCCUGGAUUUUAUGUGAUGUACUCCUUGAAUAUUAUGUGAUGUACUCCUUGAAUAUGAGUAUAAGUCUUUUUUUUUUUAAAA